AUGAUCAAGGUCUUCGCCGUCUUCCGCGACACCCACCCGGAGGAGCUCUACGACAUGAUGAACGACGCGGUCUUCCGCGAGGAGUGGGACGGCUUCCGCCUCGAGGCCUUUCGCAUCGCCCGGCUCGACGAGCGGAACGACAUCGGCUACUACGCGGCAAAAUCGCCGGUGCCUUUCGUCGCCAAUCGCGACUUUGUCAACCAGCGAAGUUGGCAUGCCGCCGGGCGGGGGGAGUAUGUGAUUUUUAAUACCUCGGUGCCGCACCCGGGGAUAGGGGGGCGGGCGGCCAAGCACGAGCGCUGCGUCCGCGCCUUCAGCAAGCUGACAGGGUACCUCCUGCAGCCCUGGUGCAAUCCCACCACGGGCGUGGAGGAAGGGACAGCGUUCACCUACAUCACCCACGUCGACCCGCGGGGGUCGAUCCCGAAGUCGCUGGUGAACUUCGUCACGACGAAGUUCGCGCCGAAGACGAUCAAACGAGUGGGAAAGGCAGUGCUGCAGUUCCGCCAAUGGCUGCCCGCGCAGCUCGCGUCGGGGGAAUACACGCGGGACUGGGGACUGACCCCGGAGUGGUGGCUCUCCGAUGAAGAAGAGGCGGAGAAGCCGCUUCGGAACGAAACGAUCGACUUUGCUAAGGAAAAAAUGAAAGGGCUCACGAGCUGA